AUGGCACCUAAGAAGAAGCCCCAAAUAUCCGAUAAGAAUAAAGCCAAGGCAAAGACCAAAGCGGUUGGCGAUAAGACCUUCGGUUUGAAAAACAAAAAUAAAUCUAAAAAGGUCCAAGGCCAAAUCAACCAGAUUGAGGCCGGUGCAGAUGGUGGUUUAGCGAAGAAGAAGGAAGCGGAAGCCAAAAGAAGGGCAGCUGAAAAGAAGGCAGCCGAAGAAGCCAAAAAAGAAACCGCCGCAUUAUAUGGUAUUCAACAACCAAAAGUACCAUUUGGUGUGGAUCCAAAGUCGGUUUUAUGUGAAUUUUUCAGAAAGGGUGUCUGUGCUAAAGGUCCUAAGUGUAAGUUUUCCCAUGACUUGAAUGUGGGAAGAAAAGAUCUUAAGAAGGAUUUAUAUACCGAUGCUAGAACCGAGAAGGAAGAGGAUACGAUGGAUAAAUGGGAUGAAGAAAAAUUAAGAAAGGUCAUUUUAUCGAAGCAUGGUAACCUAAAGACUACUACCGAUAUUGUCUGUAAAUAUUUCAUUGAUGCGGUUGAAAAUGGAAAGUAUGGUUGGUUUUGGGUUUGUCCUAAUGGAGGUAAUGAAUGUAAAUAUAGACAUUCUUUACCACCUGGUUUCGCAUUGAAGACAAAGGAACAAAAGAGAUUAGAGAGAUUAGCCUCAGAAUCAGCACCUAAGAUUAGUUUGGAAGAAUUCUUGGAAUUAGAAAGAGGUAAAUUAGACAGGAGUAAAUUCACUCCAAUUACGUUAGACACAUUUGCUGAAUGGAAGAAAAAACAAAUAGCCAAGAAAGCAGAUGAAAAGAAGAGAGAAGAAGAAAGAAAUGGUAGAAAGGUAUUAACAGGAAGAGAAAUCAUAUUAAAUAAAUUUGCCGACAAAUUUUACACAGAAGAAGAUAAUACUGAUCAAGGUACAGAAUGGGAUUUAUCUGAAUUUAGAAAGAAUUUACCUGAAACUGAAGACAGUUUUAAGGAUUAUGGCGAUGGUAUUGUAGAUUUCGAAAAGAAGCCAAACCAAGAAUGA